AUCGAAGACUACAACUCCCAUCUCGCCUUCUUCCCGCCGCGACGCGCACGCGUGAGGCGCAUGACCGCCCGAGAUCAGUGACAGCUACCGCUCUGGUGUGCGCUUGGCGGAAAGGAUUGUAAAGGAAGGAGGAGGAGGUAUCUCAAAACAAAACAGCUGAGAAAGGACAGGGGGAAAAAGAAAACUAGACUAAAACUAUACGUCGUCGGACGGAGAAACGUCGGAACUGUCCUCGUAAGUGUUUCUCUGGUGUCUUUGCCCUCUCCUGCUUGGCUGGUGAAGAUGGUGAAGCCAGAUAUCCACACUCUGGCCCAUCACCUCAAACAGGAACGGCUCUACGUGAACUCGGAGAAGCAGCUUCUUCAGCGGCUCAACGCAGAGGUGCUGAAAACAGCGGAGAAGCUGUACAGCUCGGCAUGGAUCACCAAGCAGCAGAGGAUCAACCUGGACAGACUGAUUCUGACAAGCGCUGAGGCCUCACCGGCAGAGUGCUGUCAUCAUGCCAAAAUCCUGGAGGACACGCAGUUCGUGGACGGCUACAAGACGCUGGGCUUCCAGGAGACCAUCUACGGGGAGUUCCUAAACUAUCUGAGGGAGAACCCCAGACUGGUGGCCUCUUGUCUGGUGGCGGGUGAGAAGCUGAACCAGGAGCAUGAGCAGGGGGUCAUUCACACCGUCUUCAUCUCGCUGUACGGGAACUGCAUCAUGCAGGAGGACGAGAGCUACCUGCUGCAGCUGCUGCGCUACCUCAUCGAGUUCGAGCUCAAGGAGAGCGACAACCCCCGGAGGCUGCUGCGCCGGGAGACCUGCGCCUUCAGCAUCCUCUUCAAGCUCUUCUCCGAGGGCCUGUACUCGGCCAAGCUCUUCCUGACCGCCACGCUCCACGAGCCCAUUAUGCAGCUCCUGGUGGAGGACGAGGACCACCUGGAGACCGACCCCAGCAAGGUGACGGAGCGCUUCACCCCGGCCCAGCAGGAGAAGCUGUUCGGAGAGAAGGGCUCCGAUGGAUACAGGCGCAAGGUCCAGGAGAUGGUGGAGUCCAAUGAGGCCAAGCUGGUGGCCCUGGUCAACAAGUUCAUCGGCUACCUGAAGCAGAACACCUACUGCUUCCCCCACAGCCUGCGGUGGAUCAUCACGCAGAUGUACAAGACCCUGUCGUGCGUGGAGAGGCUGGAGGUGGGGGAGGUGCGGGCCAUGUGCACAGAUCUCCUCCUGGCCUGCUUCAUCUGCCCAGCCAUCGUCAACCCCGAGCAGUACGGAAUCAUCUCGGACGCCCCCAUCAACGAAGUGGCUAGGUUUAACCUCAUGCAGGUUGGUCGACUGUUGCAGCAGUUAGCCAUGGCAGGCACUGGUGAGGGAGAUCCUCGAGGGAAGAGCAGCCUGUCAAAGUUCGACAAAGUCUGUGUUGCUGCUUUUCUGGACGUUGUGAUUGGUGGGCGUGCGGUGGAGACCCCUCCCAUGUCCUCACUUAACCUCUUGGAGGGUCUGAGUAGGACUGUGAUGUACAUGACGCAGAGUCAGCUGAUAGCACUGGUGGACUUUGUGAGGAACGUCAUGUCAGGAGACCAGCUGCGCGAUGAAGACAGGAUGGCUCUGGAGACCUUGCUGGCCAGCGUACCGCAGUCCAGGCCAGGCAAGAGCAACAGUCUUGAACUGACGCCCGCCAACACACCCCAGCUCUCUCCCGCCACCACUCCUGCCAACAAGAAAAACAGAAUGCCAAUAGGACAGCAGUUAGCAGCCAUUACCUCCUGGGAUUCCUCCGCCAACACCCUGACUGCACACAUACCUUUAGUAACCCCGUUUGCCUCGCGCGGUCGGAGCCGGUCCAACAACGCCCUGGACCAGUCGAGUGACCAGGAGGCAGGCUCCCAGGAGUCUGUGCAGGAGGUCCUUCCUGAGGAGGUGCUGGUGAUCUCGCUCGGCAACGCCCCACAGAUGACUCCCGGGAUGAUGUCCGAAAACGAGGUGCUGAACAUGCAAAUGGCUGAUGGAGGUCAGGGGGAGGUCCCAGUAGAUGAUGCCAAGCUGCAUGGCAAACCUGACAAGACCCUGCGCUUCUCACUGUGUAGCGACAACCUGGAAGGAAUUUCAGAAGGUCCCUCCAAUCGCUCCAACUCUGUGUCCUCCUUGGAUCUGGAAGGAGAGUCGGUGUCUGAGCUGGGGGCUGGGCCUUCAGGGAGCAACGGGGUGGAGGCCUUGCAGCUACUGGAACAUGAGCAAGCCACGACGCAGGAUAACCUCGAUGACAAGCUGCGGAAGUUUGAAAUCCGGGACAUGAUGGGACUGACGGAUGACCGGGACAUUUCGGAAACCGUCAGCGAAACCUGGAGCACCGACGUCCUGGGCAGCGACUUCGAUCCGAACGUCGACGAGGACAGGCUGCAGGAAAUCGCUGGUGCAGCUGCAGAGAGCAUGCUGGGCAGCCUGCUGUGUCUUCCAGGCUCCGGCUCAGUGCUGCUAGACCCCUUCACCGGAUCCACCAUCUCCGAGACGACCAGCGAGGCCUGGAGCGUGGAGGUGCUGCCCAGCGACUCCGAGGCUCAAGACAUGAAGCAGGAGGAGAGGCUGCAGGAGCUGGAGAGCUGCUCUGGGCUGGGCAGCACCUCUGAUGACACAGAUGUGCGUGAGGUCAGCUCUCGACCCAGCACACCCGGCCUCAGCGUGGUCUCAGGUAUAAGCGCAACCUCCGAGGACAUUCCCAAUAAGACAGAAGACCUUCGAUCGGAGUGCAGUUCUGAUUUCGGAGGGAAGGACUCUGUGACUAGUCCUGACGGAGAUGAGUCCGGCCAUGGAGCCCAGCACUUGACGUCUCCGCCUUCCCAAGUCGAAUCCUUGCUUUCUAUGUUUGACCCCCUCGCCUCUGGAGAAGCUCCGACGGUGGUCAGACCGAAGGGGCACUACGCCCGACCACCACACCCUCCCCCGGACCCCCCAAUCCCAGAGGCAUGUGCCAUGGGCCAGGAGUCCAGGCUGCCCAUGUUCAUGCCGCACGGGCUCUGCCAUGCUGAGCAGCGGCACUCGUACCCGGAUAGGCUGGUGAGGAGCAGGAGCUCAGACAUCGUGACGGCCUCGCGGAGGCCCACCAGCGACCCCAGCUGGAACAGGAGGCCCGGCACCGAGGAGAGAGACGUGACGGUAGGAGCCCCUGGCAGUUUCCCUGUGGGGCCCUCCUCCUCUCCCAGUAAGGAUUCCCUGAAAGGAGAGACCGAGGAGAGGAAAGACAGCGAUGAUGAGAAGUCAGACAGGAACAAACCCUGGUGGAAAAAGCGCUUUGUCUCUGCAAUCCCCAAAGUGCUGUAUUGGACUGCUGAAGCACAUGAGACAGCCCCCAUCGGUUUCAGGAAGAAGGACAAGCUGGAAAAGGACAGGGACGAACAGGGACCAGAAAGGUUUCCACCCAUAGACGAGCCCGCCCCCCGGUUGAGUGCCCAGGCUCAGGCAGCUGAGGACAUCCUGGAUAAAUACAGGAACGCCAUCAAGCGCACGAGCCCCAGCGAGGGAGCCUCCUCCGCACCUUAUGAGGGACCAGAGGGCGAAGGAGAAAGUUUCCACGGCUCUCCGCGGGACGAAGUUCUUCAGAAUAUCUCCACUGAUGAUUUACCUGACUCUGCCAGCCAGACUGCCCAGCCACAGGAUUCCAAUUUCUCGUUCAGUAGUGAUGCCAAGAAGAAGCUGAGGAUGGCACUGUGCUCGGCAGAUUCCGUUGUCUUCCCGAUUCUGACUCCCGCUACAACGAGAAAUGGUUUGCCAGACCAUACAGACCCUGAAGACAAUGAGAUCGUCUGCUUCCUGAAAGUCCAGCUGGCUGAAGCCAUCAACCUUCAGGACAAGAACCUGAUGUCCCAGAUUCAGGAGACGAUGCGCUGCGUGGCUCGGUUCGACAGCCGCACCUGCCGGAAACUCCUGGCUGCCAUAGCUGAGGAUUACAGGAAACGCGCUCCCUACAUCGCCUACCUGACCCGGUGUCGCCAGGGCCUGCAGACCUCGCAGGCUCACCUGGAGCGGCUGCUGCAGAGGGUGCUGAGAGAUAAAGAGGUGGCCAACAGAUACUUCACCACCGUCUGCGUGCGGCUGCUUCUGGAGUGCAUGGAACCCAAAAUGCAGGAGUUCAUUAAAGCUUUCCAGGGUUUUACAGCCUCUGAUGAAAAGACGGCCUGGGUUGAGGACUUCCUGCGCUAUUUAUACGGGGCCAUGGCAAACGACACGAUCUGGCAGAACGCCAGCGAAGAUCAGCUGCAGGACGCUCAGAUGGCGAUCGAGCGAAGCGUCAUGAACCGCAUCUUCAAGUUCGCCUUCUACCCCAACCAGGAUGGAGAUAUCUUAAGAGACCAACUUUUACAAGAACAUAUGCAACGCCUUUCAAAAGUGGUGACGGCCAAUCACAAGGCACUCCAGAUACCGGAGGUCUACCUGAAAGAGGCUCCCUGGCCGUCUGCACAGGCAGAAAUCCGGACGAUCAGCGCUUACAAGACCCCGCGGGACAAGGUCCAGUGCAUCCUGAGGAUGUGCUCCACCAUCAUGAAUCUACUGAGCCUGGCCAACGAGGACUCUGUCCCUGGGGCUGACGACUUCGUCCCUGUCCUGGUGUUUGUUCUGAUUAAGGCCAACCCCCCCUGCCUGCUGUCCACCAUUCAGUACAUCAAUAAUUUCUAUGCCAGCCGGUUGGGUGGAGAGGAGUCCUAUUGGUGGAUGCAGUUCACAGCAGCAGUGGAAUUCAUUAAAACCAUAGACGAUCGCAAGUGAUGCAGAACACCACCUGCAGUAGCAGACUGUUCUGGAGGAAGCAGGCAGCACACUCACCAACUGCUCUGAAAAAAAAAAAAAAAAACAGACCACCACUUCAUUUCUCACUUGUAUAUUUUGUACAUAGAGUAGAGGCAUUUUAAAAUAAUAAUAAUAAUAAUAAUAAUAAAUAAUAAUAAUAAUAAUACAACAUUUAAAAAAUGUUUAGUCUUUACUAAACAAAAAAAAGUCAAGAAAUUGUAGUAAUAAAUCAUUUUGAACUGUAGUGUUGACAGUUAGCACUGCAUAAAAGGGACCACAGUUCAACAGGUAAAUUUACAUUUCUCAAAAUAAAAAAACCGGUUAGAAUAAAUUGCCCAUCCCCUUCCCAGAUCCCAGAUUGUCAGAACCUCCCAAGUCAAGUUAGCCCCGCUGCACUAGAAUACAUUGCUUCAAAGCUACUAGUUCCUGCCACCCACACCAGACAAUCCCAGCUUGGAGGACUCCCGAUUUGGAAUAUUUCAAUAGUCGGCUUACAGUUUCCGUGCUGCAUGAUCACCUGUGUCAAGGUAAAGCGCAGGGAGAAUAGAUGUUAACAAAGCAGUAUUUUUUUUUCCUCUGUUAUCCCCAUUAGCCAGGUAUAAGUAGUGGUGUUUGUUGUGUCGAUCAGAAAGCCCUCAAAGCAGUUAAGAGAACAGGUUUUUUGGUUGUCCAUUUGCAAGUGGGAUAUAAGAUCCUUCCCAUAGCGUGCCCGAGAGGAGAAUAUUCUUCUCUGUUGUAAGAACACAUCUUUUAUAAUAACCAUUUGUUUUGUGAUGGGGGUGUUGCCCAUUAAGUGACGUUUUUUUGGAAUUUUUUUUUUUUGGGGGGGGAGAAUUUAACUGGCAUCAUCUACCUGUUUAAAUUUUCCGUUUAGCUGUACUGGUUAUGAUAACUUUCUCAAAUUGUGUUAACCACAGAAGUUAAGUCUAAAUGUAUUGCAUCAAAUUACAUAAGUACAGCUUUUCAAAGACAAAUCGAGAGGGUUUAUGGGUAGAAUACAAUGAGGUCUGAAAUGUCCCAGUAGUUUUAAAAUACUGUUUCGCUGGGUUUGGGUAAAUUCGAUAGCUCUUGUGCUGGUGCCUUUUGAGUAUCCAUAUUAGACCUUAGAUUUGUGUGUUACUGUGCAGGCUGUGCUGGACAUUCCUCUCUCUAAAUCUGACCUGAAGUUUAGGAAAGCAGCUUUGUCUACGGUCAAAGCAUAACGUUUUGAUUUGCACAUGAGUUGUAGCGUGGUUUGCAAGCUACGGAAAAUGCGAUUUUGAAUUUCUGACAGUUUUAGCACAAAAAAAAAAAAAAAAAAAAAAAAGGUUUAUUAAGAACUUUUUUUUUUCCUACCUCAAAGAUAUUAGGGAGUGUUCUAUCAGAUUUUUUGUAAUGUGUGUUUUUUUUUCUCAUUUUAAUGGUGAUAUAGACACAGUAGUUCUUUACAUAACGGUAACUCGGACGACUGUACGUUAGUCGAAUUGAAUACUUUAUAAAAAAUUGUACAAAGGAAUCACCGAUUAUUUUUAGUUUCUGGUGUAUACUUAUAUUUAUAAAAUGGGGAUAAAGUGACACUUGUUUAUAUAUACAUAAAGGGUGUUUGUCAAAAUUUAUGAAGAGAUUGUUUGCUUCAGCACUGGUGGCAAGUAUAGAGUCUCAUGCAGAUGUAAUGCAACAGCGGCCUUCAGUCGGGUCAGAGUCCGUGAACAAGCAAGCCUGGAGGUCCACUAUACCAGAAUCUAGUGGGAAGAGCAAUAACAUCCAUUAAUAUAUAUAUAUUCUAUUGGUGCCAAUGUGCAUGCCUACUGAGAACUUGAUACUUAGUGUAGCCUAAAAACAUUCUUGAAAUAGACACUUUGCAUUUAUUUUUUUUUAGGAGGAGGGUGUUCUUUUAGUUUUUUUUUUGAUAACUUUCCCUUUUUAUUUUUUUGUCUCCUGCAAUAUUACUCAUCUGAAGCAUUCUCUCGUGGUGCUACUUUUUAAAAAAAAGAAAUGUGGGUCUGGUGUUUCAAACAGAACGGAUCUCCUUGGCAAGCUAGAAGUUCAGAUUGUUCACUGUUACCCAGGAACACCGGAAAUGAAUCUGUAUGCGUGAUCUGUAAUUCUCUCUCAGAUUCCUUAGCCAGGGAGAAGUGCUACCCCACCCCACCCCACCCCACCCCACCCUUUUAAAAGCAGUCAAUGUUGUCUUUUAACAAAAAAAAGGUUUUGCUGUUUCAAAGUAACAAUAUCUGAAUAGCUUUGAAAUUAUUGUACCAUUGAUCGCCUGACAAAUUGUUCAUAGAUGUUGUUGACGUCCUGCUUAGGAGUUGGUCCUUUCUCUCUAUUUUGUUUUGUUUUUAAGCCGGUAAUCCAGCUCUACAGUGGAAACGCUCCAGGUUAACUUUCAGCCAGAUUACUAAAUUUGAUUUUGCUAGUUACACACCCUCGAAUUGUACUGACAUCAAAGAUCAGCUUUUAUCAAAGUAUAUGGUAUGUCAGAGUGUGUGUGAUUUUUAUUUUUUGUCGGUUUUAAGUCUGCUUAAGUGUGAUCACUAACUCCUAGCAGUGUGAUCACAGUACGGUAAACGGACGAGCAUAAUGUGUACAAAAUGGUUCACCUACACCUAUACUCACCAUGUUACACAUGUUAUCUGCAACUGUGUACACUUUCAACUUUUGCGUGAAAAAUCACAAGUUGUUCAGUCACAACCGUGACAGGUAUUGGUGUAUUGAAACGGUAAGGAAAGACUAAAGUACACACUUGUUUUUAUGCAGAGGUAGGUAAUCAUUUAUAAUCGAUUCACCUUGCACUAAAAAUGUCCCUGGCAUUUAUGAUCAUGUAGCCAAAAUAAAUCGCCCAGAACUGACGAAGCAAUGGGAACGUUUUGCACUAAAUUCGCAUAACAAAACUGUUUUUUGGCAAACUUCCUGGCACUUCCCAUUGAUCUAAACACCCUCGUCAUCACCGCAAGAGUUACGGGGUCUGAAAUCAUCUUCAUUUUGCAACUCAAAUCCGUGGAGUUUGCAAAAUCAGGAGUGCUUACCAGCAACUCUAGAUAAAGCUUAAAUGGAGACUAGCAGCUAGAAAUGAUGAAAUCAGCAGCUAUAAAAUAUUAUGUUGGCAGUUUAAUAAAUCUGACUGCCAAAGAGUUUUAUACUGUAAAAUGUGCAAUUCUUCUUUUUUUAUAUAAUAUAACACACACAAAAGAAGUUGCUUUUCUUUUCUGCAGCCCCUAAGCUGACGAUUAUAAAUGCAGUGUAUUUAUUGAUGACGCCCCUCCCCAGCUCUCUUGAUGCUUGUACUGUUUGUAAAGAUUUGCUCUAUUGAAACCUGUUCUAAAGAGAGCGAGUGUGCUGUUCUUAUUGAGAACACGUGCCUUGACCCAGUUCUAACAGCGAGCCUGUGUAGGAGACACAUGGGUGUGUAGAAGGUGCGCGCGUGGGAUAGUCUUCGUGUGAACUGUAUUGCUGCUCAGAGUUUUUUUUUUUUUUAUUUCUUUUGCAAAACAAGAAAUAAUUGUCAUUUUGCAAUUAACACGCCAUUGCUUUAGCAAUACGUAGCGUGUAGACAGCUUUUAAAAUGAUGUAGGAUUCAUAUGGUUUAUACACUGUAGAGGAAAAAGGCUUGUCUCUUGUUAGGACACUAUUCUGCCCCUACUAGGAGAAUCUAGUAGUUUUUUAAAAUGUUCUCUCUGUGCUAAAUUUUGAAGUAUUGGGUUAACUUUAUCUAUACCUUGUAUGAUUGUAUAGACUUCAAUCAAUUCCCUUCUUUUUUCUUAAAUUACAUAUAAAAAAAAGAAAUAGUUGGUAAUAAUUUCGUUUCAGCCUGGUCAGGUUUGACGCUCUGUACCGAACAUGAACAGCUACACAAUACGUUGUAAAGAAAUCUUUAUUUUUUUUUUAUUUUAGUAAGUGUGUUUGUAUAUUAAAGGAAGGGAUUUAAAAAAAAAAAAAUCUUGUGUUACAAUCCGGUUUUGGCAAGGCUUUUGACUUUUACAACAGAGCUGGUUUUGCCAAAAAUAACACAAGCCUAUCCAGCUCAGCAAGAAAUGAGUCUGAAUUAGGAUACCUUCAUUGUGGCUGCAGGAAGCAGGUAUUGUUUUUAGCCUGCAAAGGAGCAGCAAAGCUACCCCCUGGAAGAACAGAGCAGUUCUGGAAAGCAACUACUCCCCUCCAGCAGCAAACCCCAGAGACUCGCCUCUAUUUCUUGAGAACAAAUCUCUCCUCCUCAAAUUAGUUCUGCUGUGUCCUGUAUAUUUGACCUGUGCUUCGCCUGUAUUUUAUAGCACGGUGUUGCCUCUUCUCUUUGGAACUGUUUGAAGAAAAACACAAACCUUUAUAAACUUACAUUAAUAAGCUUGCACAAUCUUGCACACACUGGGGGGAGGGGGGGAUGGUGGUAUUCUGUCUUUAAUGUGAUUAAUGUAUUAUAUCAUUCUAUAAAAAACCUGAUUAAAAAACUGAGUUUUUUUUCUCACUGUAAAA